CUGUUUUCCAUUCUUUGUGAUGGAUGGUCAAACACCCCGUCAAAAUAACAUCGGCCGUCAAAUGAAGCAGUAAUCUCGGCUUUUUGCUAAAAUUGAGUCAUUUUCGGUGAUUGUUGUAUUCUACACAGGAGCGUGAUAAAACUAAUUUCCAGCUGGAGCUAUGCAGUGAAACAGGCCAGAAAAAAGGCAUUACCCAAACAGUCAACGUUGCAUUCCCUUCUGAGAGUUAUGACUCAGAGUCUCAAGGACACAAUGAAGUCUGGAUUGAUAUAUUUUCUACUAAUUUGUGGAUUCCUGUUCACCACUUUCUAUAAUGUUGCAUCGGACGUCCAACUUCCAGCUGGUGAUGGAAAUAGCGUAGCGUCAGUAAGUAAUCCAUUGACGAAGGAAACAGAUGUUAAUCUUACGACUGUCAUUCCGAACGAUGACCACCAGCAGCAGCAGCCGAAAAAAGAGGAUCCGGUGAAAGAACUUCCGAGAAAUGCCACCACAACCAUGUCCCCGGAAAAGAAUGCCGUCGAACAGGAGCAUUACAGCUCGAUGUCGAUAUUUUUCGUGCUAUGUGUGAUUGCUCUUGGGAUCCUCCUGAUUCACAUGAUGCUGCAGACCGGAUUUCAGUAUCUACCGGAAAGUAUAGUGGUGGUAUUCCUCGGGGCCUUGAUCGGGCUUAUUUUGAACAAUUCUUCGGUGAAAAAUGUGGCCAACUGGGAGCGAGAGGAGGUUUUCUCGCCGACGGCAUUCUUCUUGGUUUUGUUGCCACCGAUUAUUUUCGAGUCCGGAUAUAAUCUUCACAAGGGUAACUUUUUCCAGAACAUUGGAUCGAUUCUGGUGUUUGCAAUAAUUGGAACGACCAUCUCUGCGCUGGUUAUCGGGUCCGGCGUGUAUCUGCUGGGUUUAGCGGAAGUUGCAUAUAGACUAAAUUUCGUGGAAUCGUUUGCCUUUGGCUCGUUGAUUUCAGCCGUCGAUCCUGUGGCCACUGUUGCUAUAUUUCAUGCGCUAGACGUGGAUCCAAUACUAAACAUGUUAGUAUUUGGAGAGAGUAUUUUGAACGAUGCCAUUUCGAUUGUGCUGACGACAACGGUGAUGCCAAUGGUUUCCGGGUCAGGCAGUGAAGGAACCGGUGAAUCGAUCUUUUCGGCUCUGAAUACAUUCUGCUUAAUGUUCUUCGCCUCGGCUGGAAUUGGGGUGGUGUUUGCUCUGAUGGGGGCUCUUUUACUCAAACACGUGGAUUUGCGGAAACACCCUUCUCUGGAAUUCGGUUUCAUGCUGGUUUUCACUUACGCGCCAUAUGUGCUUGCUGAAGGCAUUCAUUUAUCAGGCAUAAUGGCAAUCCUGUUUUGUGGCAUCGUGAUGUCCCAUUACACGCAUUUUAAUUUGUCCACGGUGACGCAAAUUACGAUGCAGCAAACGAUGCGAACGUUGGCCUUCAUAGCAGAAACGUGUGUAUUCGCUUACCUCGGACUUGCCAUAUUUUCCUUCAAGCAUCGCUGCGAGCUCUCCUUCGUCAUCUGGGCAAUCAUUCUCUGUUUGAUUGGCCGAGCGUGCAAUAUUUUCCCGCUGGCCUGGAUGGUCAAUCGAUUCCGAGAGCACAAAAUCACCAACAAGAUGGCUUUCAUAAUGUGGUUCUCUGGCCUGCGGGGAGCAAUUUCCUAUGCGCUUUCGUUGCACUUGCAGUUCUCCACUGAGGAAACAAGACAUGUGGUAAUCACUACCACGCUGAUAAUCGUUCUGUUUACGACACUGUUCUUCGGUGGGUCCACCAUGCCGCUGAUGAAAUAUCUUUCCGGAGGAAAGAAAAACAGAAAGAGUGUCCGCAGUAGCCGAGUGGGCAGGAAGAAGAAAGAGAAGGUGCUGUCGCUAAGUAAGACACGUGAGUGGGGCCAAGCGAUAGAUUCGGAGCACCUUUCUGAACUGACCGAAGAAGAGGAAGUAAGCUUCACCCAGUCCAAAUUAGUGGGAUUCGCUCGCCUGGACAGAAAAUACUUCACACCUUUCUUCACCAGGCGGUUUACCCAUCAGGAACUGCACGACUGCAAGAGCCAGAUGGCCGACCUGACGAACAAGUGGUACCAGGCGAUUCGAAUAUCGCCGGAUGAGGUGGAAGAAGAGGAUGAUGAGGACGAAGACGUGGUGUCGAUUGCCGCAUCCGAUAGAUCGACCAACAUUCUUGUCGACGGAGGUCGCUCUACGCGGAGCGGAGGAAGCAAGCAGGGCAACGCUACGACGGCAUCUGUGGGCGGCCCGAGCCGGACAAAAUCCUGAUUGCGACAGCAACAGGAGGACGAUAGUUCACUGUACAACACUUCGCUGGACGUUGGGUCGGAAAUAUUUCUGUGAGCUAUUCCCGGUUUGUAGUUGGUGUGUUGAGGGUAUGUAUUUAUAUAUUUAUUGAGGAAUGAGGAAACCAAAGCCAAGUCUAAAGCAGAACGAUUUCGAGAAAUUGUGAUGUGAUUGUGUAAAGAAUUAUUUGUCGGAUGGUAGAAAAGAAAUGGCUAGAUAACCAUAAUGAAUUUUAAAAUUUAAUAGUUCAUGAGUAGUGGAUGUCGUUUUGUAUAUCUUGUAGUUAUAAUAUUAUAAUAAAUGACGAUAGCACUGAAGAGCUGAUGGCAAGUGAUACGUAGUAAACCAAACUAGUCGAAAGAUAAAUAAUGAAACUACAGUUUUAAAGCUAUACACUCCACUAUAAACAUGGUUUUUCAAAUACCUACUUGCACUAGCAGAUUCAAUAUAGAUUAACCCAGAUCCUCGUCCUAAUGUAUGUAUCUAUCGAUGGCAAUGUUCGUUCUUGCACAAAUUAUUACAGGAUAAUCUAAUGGUGAUUUUUUUAUAGAUAUACCUUGCAUUCUUUAUAGUAGAUUAUUUGACAAAAUAUUUUCACUCACCGAUGUGAGUCUUCUAUUAAUUCUACAAUUCCUUUGAUGAGUUAUGUUUGAUCGUUGUUGUAAUAUAUUUAAAGUAUUAAGAUGAA